AUGGUCGAUUACAGCAAGUGGAAGGAUAUAGAAAUAUCAGACGAUGAAGAUGAAACUCAUCCUAAUAUUGAUACACCCUCACUGUUUCGUUGGCGGCACCAAGCGCGUGUCGAACGCAUGGAGGAGCGACGUCGAGAAAAAGAAGAGCAUACUCGAAAAAGAAAUGAGAACAUAAGACGGAUGAACGAGACCAAAAAGAAGAUCGCCGAAGCCGAUGGUCCCGAGCUGGAAUCACUGAAGAAAACUUUAAUAGAACUUGAAAAAGAAGAAAAAUCAUUGCAACAGAAAGAGGAUGAACUCAGGAAGAAAGAGAAACAGACACCAUGGAAUGUUGACACAAUCAGUGAACCAGGUUUUACCAAAACUGUCAUUAACACAAAGGCUCCCAGACCGAAGGAUGAAAACCUGACUGAAGAGGAAAAAGAGGCAAGGAUGAAGAAGUUUAUUAAGAAGAAUGAGACUUUGUUAAAAAAAUUUGGUAUGUUGCGUCGGUAUGACGACUCGCGACAGUUGCUGCAGGAACAUAAUGAACUGGUGUGUGAAGAAACUGCAAACUAUCUUGUUAUAUGGUGCAUAAACUUGGAGAUGGAAGGGAAACAUGAAUUGAUGGCUCAUGUUGCACAUCAGACCAUCUGCAUGCAGUAUAUACUGGAGCUAUCCAAGCAACUUGAUGUUGAUCCCAGAGCUUGUGUUGGAUCAUUCUUCUCUAAAAUUCAAAUUGCUGAGAAGACCUACAAAGACUCAUUUGAUGACGAGUUGGAGCAAUUCAAGGCCAGGAUUAAGAAGCGGGCAGCAGAAAAGAUUGAGGAAGCUAUCAAAGAACAGGAAGAGGAAGAAAGAAAGGCUCGACUUGGACCUGGUGGACUGGAUCCUGUAGAAGUAUAUGAGGAACUACCUGACGAGCUAAAGAAAUGUUUCGACGCUCAAGAUGUUCCAUUGCUGCAAGCAACAAUUGCAAAAAUGCCAGAACAAGAAGCCAUAUACUAUAUGAAGAAGUGUGUUGAUGCAGGUCUAUGGGUACCUGGCAAGAAUGAUGAUGAGCCUACAAUGAAGGAAAAUGCGGGUGAGAGCUCUCGGACCUCAGAGUCCUCUGCAAAACCCACAGUCAGCAUUGAUGACGUGGACUGA